AUGAAGAAUGAUACUAGAAUAAAUUUACAGACUGACUGGAAGCUCAUAACACUUUUCAUAGGAGGAAAUGACCUAUGCAAAUUCUGCAAGAAUCCAGUACACUAUUCUCCUGAAAACUACACCUACAAUCUACAAACAGCUUUGGACAUACUUCACAGAGAGGUUCCACGGGCAUUUGUGAACCUGGUGACAGUGCUUUCCAUAGCAAGCCUCCGGGAGCUGCAUGCAUCAGAAAAUAGUACCUGCCCAAAGCUGCUUAUGAGUUUCCUGUGCCCUUGUGUCAUAAACCCUGAGGACAAUUCCAAUGCGUUCAAGAAGUUGGUCUACUUUAACAGAAGGUAUCAGGAGAGAACCCGCCAGUUAGUGGAGAGCGGAAGGUAUGACACUACAGAUGAUUUCACAGUGGUUAUACAGCCAUUUCUGAUGAAUGUGAACAUGCCAAAAACACAGGAAGGGUUGCCGGACAGUUCAUAUUUUGCCCCAGACUGUUUCCACUUCAGCCAGAAGUGUCAUUCCCAGGCUGCUCGUGCUUUGUGGAACAACAUGCUGGAACCCUUAGGGGAGAAGACAGAUAAUCAGCAAAUAGAAGAUAAGAUUGUUCUCAAAUGUCCAAGUGAGGCUGAGCCAUUCCUGAGGACAUAUAAGAACAGUAAUUACACAUACCCUAACCAAACUCCAAAUUAUGGAAGCCAGCUGCUAUGCGAGGACAGGUCUCCAUCCUCCCCUCCUGCAACUUCAGUGCAUUCCCUAAAGCCAGCUGAUGUGAAAAUUAUAGCAGCCCUUGGGGAUUCUUUGACGGCUGGUACCGGAAUUGCUUCAGAUAAUCUCCUGGAUUUGGACACUGAAUACCGAGGACUGUCUUGGAGUAUUGGAGGAGAUGCGUCAUUAGAGAACGUGACAACGCUACCUAACAUCUUUCAAGAGUUCAAUGUUACGAUCGUGGGCUAUUCGACCGGCACCGGGAGUGAGAAUGAUUCAAAUGCAUUCCUUAACCAGGCAGUUCCUGGAGCACAGGCUGAGCACUUACCAGCCCAAGCAAGAAAUCUCCUGAGACUAAUGAAAACUGAUCCUAGAAUUGACUUCAGUGCUGACUGGAAGCUCAUAACGGUGCAUAUUGGAGGCAACGAUCUGUGCAACUAUUGCAAAGACCCUGAUCACUACUCAGCUAUGAAUUUCAUCAGAAGGAUUCAAGAAACUCUUGAUAUUCUGCACAAGCAGGUUCCAAAAGCUCUAGUGAGUCUGGUUGAAGUGAUGGACCUCCUCCCUCUGAGACAGUUGUUUGUGGAUACUCAAGUUCAGUGCCCCACUUACAUGGCAGAUUAUCUGUGUAGUUGUGUUCUCACAGGAGAAGAAAACUCACCAAAUUUAACGAUGGUGAGGGAAGCCACCAGAGCUUACCAGCUUGGCAUUCGGAGACUAGUGGAGUCUGGCAGAUAUGAUACUCAUGAAAAUUUCACAGUGACCAUUCAGCCUUUCCUCCAAAAUCCCAAGAUUCCUCUUGGUCAGGAUGGGCAUCCAGACGUCUCCUACUUUUCACCUGACUGCUUCCAUCCAAGCCAGAAAGGCCAUUCUCAGCUUGCCAAGGCUCUCUGGAAUGCUGUGUUACAGCCUGUAGGCCAGAAAGCUGACUCGUUUGAUUUCAUGGCUGACAUAGUCCUCGACUGUCCAACUCAGAACAAACCAUUCCUGGGAACAUACAAGAAUAGCAACUACACAUAUCCACCUGUGGAGCCCACUAAUGAACCGAUAGAGAAUUGGGGCAGUGACCUGUCAUGUUCUGAACAGACUCCAUCCAGUCAUGUCCCAACAUCAGUACAUGAGCUACAACCUGCUGACAUCAAAGUUAUAGGAGCACUGGGAGAUUCCCUGACUACUGCAGUAGGAGCCAAAGCAACUGACCUACAAACAGACUGGAGGGGACUUUCCUGGAGUAUUGGAGGUGAUGAGACCCUGGAGACCCAGACUACUUUACCCAAUAUCUUGAAAAAAUUCAAUCCGAACCUCUUUGGCUUCUCCACUGGCAGCUCUAAGGAAACAGCUGGAUUCAACAUUGCAGAGAGAGGUGCCACAGUGCGCAAUAUGUCAGCCCAAGCACGUGAAUUGGUGGAGCUAAUGAGAAGCAGCUCGAAAAUUAAUUUCAAGGAAGAUUGGAAGCUGAUCACUGUCCUCGUUGGAGGCAAUGACCUAUGCCAGUACUGCUUGGACAAGGAAACCUAUUCAGUGCAAAAGUAUGUAAAGCACCUUCAGGACACUCUGGAUAUUUUCUAUGAGGAGCUCCCAAGAGUCUUUGUCAACAUGGUGGAGAUACUAGAGAUUUCUGGACUGCGUCAGAUCGCAGCAAGCUCUUCGGGGUGCGCUUUGACAGCAAAGAAUGUUUGCCCGUGUUUUUUAAACCCUGAGGAAAACUCUUCUGAACUACAAGAAAUUAAGAGAGUUAACAGAGAUUUUCAGGCUGAAGCCUUACAGCUGAUCAACAGUGGUCGGUACGAGGAGCGUGAGGACUUUGCAGUUGUCAUGCAGCCUUUUUUCCGAAACACCUUGUUGCCCCUGGAUAGCAACGGCAAGCCAGAUCUGAGUUUCUUUGCUGCAGACUGCUUUCAUUUCAGUGUAAGAGGCUACGCUGAGAUGGCCAUGGCUCUCUGGAAUAAUAUGCUGGAGCCAGUUGGUGAAAAGCAGACUUUCAACAACUUUACCCAUGACAGAUUAAAACUCAAGUGUCCAAACCCAGAGAAACCCUUUCUUUUCACGCUGAGAAAUAGUGGAUUCAGAAAUUCAGAUCUCAACUUGAAGAAAAACGAACCUUCAGUCCCCUACUGGGCUGUCAUUGUGGCUGCAGUAGCUGGAGUCCUGGUGGGUUCUUUACUCAUCUGGCUUGUGUCAGGAAGAGGAGCCAAGAGGCGCCAACAUGAGACUGACACAGAAAAGAACAUCAAAACGACAUCUCUGUAAAGCAAGUGGAACAAACAUCUAUCUCUGCAGAGGCUGCUCUCUGGUGUGACGCGGAGAGCAGCAGAAUAAAAGAACUUGGAUAUAAAUGAAGCUUCUUGGUUAGCCAGGGAUUUUGGGGCCCAAUAAUCUUGAUCAGAAAUGUACUGUAGAGUUAGCUUCUGCAGAUCAGUCAAGUGGAGGAUGAAGUUCGAAGUGUUGAACCUUUUUCAUUCUGGGAUGCAAAUCUCCGUUUCAUGAAUAUUACUCAGGAUGUCAAUUGCUUGACUGAAGUGAGAAAACUUGUUCAUGCAUCUUGGCACCUUAAUGUGCAUCUGCCCUUUUUUCUUAUAAAACU